GUUACCAAGGCAUUCUCAAUGCAAACACUAGCUGCUAGGAGGCUAGCAAAUCUGCUUGAUAGUCUUAUAGCUGUCAUAUAACCUUUGUUUAGCCUCGGCGAAUGUAAUUAUAAGAGAUUUUCAAGAACACUCGAUUCCAGCAUUUCACCGCUGGUUUUCAGUCUGCUCACUGAAUGAUCUAAAUUAUAGCCAGAAAAACCCAUUUUUUCCCUCUUUUGGAGCAGCUCAGUCUUCAAGCUAGCUAACUUAGUUACGUUAACGUUAGCUGCACAGCCAUCAUGGCUGAAUUUGGAUUUAAUGAACACCAUCAGAAUGAAAUCAUCAAUUAUAUGCGAUUUGCACGUUCAAAGAGAGUUCUAAGGCUCAAAACUAUCGACUCAUGCUUCGAGGAGCUCAAAGAUAGCAGGCUUGUGGAGGAAACCUUCACAGUGGACGAGGUGAAGGAGAUGCUGGACGAGCUGCAGGCGGUGGUGCGUGGGGAGGUGGAGAUGGAGCUCAUCAACACAGCCCACACCAAUGUGCUGCUGCUUAGGCAGCUUUUCUCCCAGGCGGAAAAGUUUUACCUACGACUACAGAGUGAUAUCUCGGAGCUGGAAAACAGGGAGCUGUUGGAGCAAGUGGCUGAAUUUGAGAAGACUGACUUUAAAACCACCGAUAAGAUAAACAAAGAAACAAGCAAACCCAAGUUGGCCCCUCUGAAUGAAAGUGGAGUGUCUGAACUUCUCAACAAGGAGAUAGUGAGACUACAACAGGAAAAUGACAAACUGAGAGCGAGGCUCCGGACUUUAGAAUCCCAGGCCAUGAGUGCACUAGAUGAGAAAUCCAGGGCAGAGAGAGCUCUGAAAGACCUUCAGAGAGUGCAAGGGGAACAGCAGGUGGCUGCUCAAUCCAAGGAAAUCAACAGUCUAGAGGACACAGUGGCAGCUCUGAAAGAGGACUACGAAAGGUCUCUCAGCGCCAACGUGGCAACCCAGAAAGAUUUGCAGGACAACCUGAUCUCUUCCAAACAUGAGCUUCUGCGAGUGCAAGAGCAGCUGGCCUUGGCAGAGAAAGAGCUGGAGAAGAAGUUCCAGCAAACUGCGGCCUACCGCAACAUGAAGGAGAUUCUAACCAAGAAGAACGAGCAGAUCAAAGAGAUUAGGAAACGAUUGCAGAGAUAUGAGCCUAAUGAGUGAGCUCCACCCCGGACAGCUGGUUUAACAGAUGUUUGCGGGUAUAAAGUGGGACCAAGAUUUACGACUGUGGUUUGGAUAUGAAACCAUCUGAUCUUUUGCUGUAAGACAAGAGAGACAGAAAAAAAGCUCUUCCACAAGGAAACUGUUAUUCACGCUUUGUCUGGCAUUUUCACUAGUAAUCGGCUUUAGUAAAGAGUAGGAGCUGGAAGCACACACACACACACACACACACACACACACAAAUGUAGUAGUGAUGGCCGAGCUUUCUUUUUCCGUGUCUCAGUUCAGAGCUCACUUACAGUAGCUAGCAGACUUCCCUCUGUGCUCUAUGCAAUUACCAACACGUCCCAGUUUGAAGAGGCCUUGUCUGUUUGCUGAAUUUGACAGAUACGUUUUUGUCUGCCGGAAGCUUUGCAGUCUUAUUAUUGUGUGAUCAUAGGUUAAAAUAUUUGGCAUUCAUGCAUCAGGUGAUUACUGAUAUCCUGCUGAUUAGUCUUAAUCUCAGCAGCCCCGUUUUCUAGUGAACUUGGCAUUGCUUUUGAGUUACAUGCAGUUUCAAGCAAAUCCAAGCCACAGAAAAAAGUUUAUUGAUCUGUUGCGGUUCAUCUGAUUUGUUACCUAAGCAUUUAAUAGUAUUUCACACCAAAUACCUACAGUGUUUCUUUUUUUUUGUUUUUGUUUUUCCCAAUGCGUGAAAACCCGGAGCUUUUACUUUUCUGCUCUUGCCUAUUAAAUUACAUGAAUAAUGAUUUACAGUGAUUUCCCUACUUCCCCUUCAAAAUCGCAUAGAAUAUUUUUGUGUGGAAUCUCUAUCCAUGUACUUUUCGUAUUGCUGUGGGCGAUGGAGUGUAAGAGGAAAAAAAUAUAUAUUUACAUGAUGUUCAUGAAGUAAUGCUCUUGUAGAGUAUGACACAUCUACCCUAUAUUACACUAGAUGUGUGUUUGUUUGUAUUGUGCAAAGUAUGGGGUAAUAAAAGCUGGUACUAAAAUAUGUCGUUGGUUUUAUGAAAGUUUCUUCUUCACAUUUAACUUCAGCUGAUAUCAUACACUAAACAGACACUUUACUGCAUGAACAUGUUUCUAGUGCACUAGUAACCUGACCCUCGUUUUGCCUUCAGAACUG